UUCCUCUCCUGGUGUAUGGAACUAUCUUUUGAGUGCGGCAAGUUGUAGCGGGCACCGCUGACUGUUUCCCUUUGGGGCACGUCUUAUCUAGAAGCUGAAUUUAGUUUCUUCCGAAGUGAGUCAGUUCUCCCCCCAAGCCCGUCCUCCCGAAUAAGGAAGCAGCCGCCGAGCAUCAGCGGAGCCCUGAUGAGCCUGGGCUGUGGAGCCGCUUAGCAGUCUCCCGGGACCCAGCUCCGGAGGAGCCGCAAGCAUGCACCCUGGGUUGUGGCUGCUCCUGGUUACGUUGUGCCUGACCGAGGAACUGGCCGGAGCGGGAGAGAAGUCUUAUGGAAAGCCAUGUGGAGGCCAAGACUGCAGUGGAGGCUGUAAAUGCUUUCCUGAGAAAGGAGCGAGAGGGCGACCGGGACCAAUUGGAAUUCAAGGUCCAACAGGUCCUCAAGGAUUUGCUGGCCCUAGUGGUUUAUCAGGGUUGAAAGGAGAAAGGGGCUCCCCAGGUCCCCUGGGACCAUAUGGACCAAAAGGAGAUAAGGGUCCCAUGGGAGUUCCUGGCUUUCUUGGCAUCAAUGGGAUUCUGGGACACCCAGGACAGCCAGGGCCCAGAGGCCCACCUGGCCUGGAUGGCUGUAAUGGAACUCAAGGAGAUGUUGGAUAUCCAGGCCCCGAUGGCUAUCCUGGGCUUCUUGGACCACCCGGGCUUCCUGGCCAGAAAGGCUCUAAAGGUGAACCUGUCCUUGCCCAAAGUAGUUUCAAAGGAAUAAAGGGGGAGCCUGGACUGCCUGGACUGGACGGAAUCACUGGCCCACAGGGAGCACCCGGACCUCCAGGAGCUGUAGGACCCAUGGGACCACCAGGAUUGCAAGGUCCUCCAGGUCCUCCCGGUUUCCCUGGUCCUGAUGGGAAUAUGGGGUUAGGUUUCCAAGGAGAGAAAGGAGUCAAGGGGGAUGUUGGCCUCCCAGGCCCUGCAGGACCCCCACCAUCUACUGGAGAACUGGAAUUUAUGGGAUUUCCCAAAGGGAAGAAAGGAUCCAAGGGUGAACCAGGGCUUCCAGGUUUACCAGGAAUAAGUGGCCCUCCAGGUCUCCCAGGAUUUGGAACUGCUGGAGAAAAGGGUGAAAAGGGAAUCCCUGGUUUGCCAGGACCUAGGGGUCCCAUGGGUUUAGAAGGACUCCGAGGCCCCCCAGGGAGUCAGGGCAAGAAAGGGUCCUCAGGUUUCCCUGGAUUUAAUGGAUUUCCAGGAAUUAAGGGUGAAAAGGGUGGCAUUGGCUUGCCAGGCCCAGAUGUUUACAUCGAUACGGAUGGUGCUGUGAUCUCAGGUUACCCUGGAGACCCUGGUGUGCCAGGCCUCCCAGGACUUAAAGGAGAUGAAGGCGUCCAGGGCCUGCCUGGACCUUCCGGCCUCCCUGGCUUGCCAGCUUUACCAGGUGUCCCAGGUGCCCUAGGGCACCAAGGAGUUCCAGGUCUCAAGGGGGACAAAGGAAACCCAGGCCGCACCACUGUUGGGGCAGCUGGCCCCCCUGGCAAAGGCGGUUUGCCAGGCUUACCAGGCCUAGCAGGCCCACCUGGUCGAACAUUUGAGACUGGAACACUACAGAACACAGAGCCAGGGUUCCCUGGUCUCCGAGGAGAACGAGGUCCAAAAGGAAACCCAGGCCUCAAAGGAAUAAAAGGCGACUCGGGGUUUUGUGCUUGUGAUGGCGGUGUCCCUAACAUUGGACCACCUGGGGAGCCAGGCCUGCCUGGGUCACAAGGUCUCAUUGGCCUUCCAGGCCUUAAAGGAACCAGAGGAGAUCCAGGCUCUGGGGGUACACAGGGCCCAUCAGGGACUCCAGGUUUAUUUGGACCUCGGGGUCCUGCAGGCCGCAAAGGAGAGAAAGGGGAGCCAACUCUCAGUUCAAGAUCAAGGAUGCCAGGGGAGCGGGGUGAUCCUGGCCCCCAGGGGCUCCCUGGUAAAACAGGAAUCCCAGGGAAGGAUGGAGUACCAGGUUUACCAGGUCUGCCAGGCCUCCCAGGUGAUGGUGGACAGGGCUUCCCAGGUGAGAAGGGGUUACCAGGACUUCCUGGUGAAAAGGGCCACAGUGGUCCAGCUGGUCCCCCAGGAAAUGGACUGCCGGGAUCUCCCGGACCUCGUGGGCUUCCUGGAGAUCAAGGAAUAGAUGGAUUACCAGGGAAGCAAGGCCUCCCUGGGCUUCCAGGUGACUGUUGCUGCAGGGAGAGCAUUGGUAAAGGAGGCUUAGACACAGAGGGAGGGGUCACCUUGCCGUGUAUAAUUCCUGGAUCAUAUGGUCCAUCAGGCUUACCAGGAGCUCCCGGAUUCCCAGGUCCUAAGGGGGCCCGUGGCCUCCCUGGGAUUGCAGGCCAGCCUGGAUUGCGUGGAAAUAAAGGAAAGGCUGGAAGUCCAGGAUUAGUUCACCUUCCUGAACUGCCAGGAUUUCCUGGACCUCGUGGGGAGAAGGGCUUGCCUGGGUUUCCUGGGCUCCCUGGAAAAGAUGGCUUGCCUGGGAAAAUUGGCAGUCCAGGUUUACCAGGUUCCAAGGGAGCCUCUGGUGACAUCUAUGGUGCUGAAAAUGGUGCUCCGGGGGAGCAAGGCCUACAGGGAUUGCCAGGGGACCAAGGAUUUCCUGGAGACCCUGGCCUUCCAGGACCCAAGGGUCUGCCUGGGAAGUCAGGCUUGCUGGGCCCCAAAGGUGAACGGGGCAGGCCUGGAACACCAGGCCACGUGGGACAGCCAGGGUCCCCAGGGCCUGAUGGCCAAUUCGGCAUCAAGGGCAAACCCGGGCUCCCAGGAGCACCAGGCUUUCCAGGCCCUUCAGGACAUCCUGGAAAGAAAGGUUUAAGAGGCGAGACAGGUCCCCCUGCAUCAGCUGGAAAGAGAGGCCUGCCUGGGUUGAAAGGCCUUCCAGGAUCUCCAGGGCUGAUUGGCUUCUUGGGGAACUCAGGCUUGCCAGGGAGCACUGGGUUGCCAGGCCUGCCGGGUCCAAAGGGUGAGAAGGGAUCUGCUGGGCUGGUAGGUUUUCCAGGGAUACCAGGUCUCCCUGGUAUUCCUGGUGCAAGUGGAUUAAAGGGCAUUUCUGGGUCAGCCGGAAAGGUGGGACCAUCUGGACGGGCUGGUAGUGCUGGUAAAAAAGGAGACAGAGGUGACCCAGGGCCAGCUGGAAUCCCCAGUCCACAACCUCCAAUCCUGAACCUGCAGCUGAAAGGAGACAAAGGCUCUAGAGGCUCAGCUGGAUCUGACGGAUUUCCUGGGCCCAGAGGUGACAAAGGAGAGGCUGGCCCCCCAGGGCCACCAGGCUUGCCUGGAGUUCCUGGCCUCCCCAGUAUCAUCAAGGGACUUAAUGGGAAACCAGGCCCCCCUGGCUCCAUUGGAUUACGGGGCUUACCCGGCCUUAAAGGGUCCCCUGGAAUCACAGGUUUCCCAGGAAUACCAGGAGCAAGUGGUUCACAGGGUCUCAAUGGAGCUCCCGGACUCCCAGGAGCAUCUGGUCUCCCAGGUUCAAAAGGAGAUCAAGGCCAGACCCUUGGAAUUUCCGGUAGCCUGGGACUCAAGGGACAACCUGGGGAAUCUGGGUUUAAAGGUGUUAAAGGAAAAGAUGGACUAGCUGGUGACGUGGGUUUCCCAGGAAGCAAAGGUGAAGAUGGCAAAGUUGGUAUUUCUGGAGAUGUUGGCCUUCCUGGCUCCCCAGGACUCCCUGGGAUUGCAGGCAUGAGAGGAAAUCCAGGGCUACCGGGUUCUGCAGGCCAUCCAGGGGCCACUGGGCCCCUGGGAGCCCCCGGCCUAACAGGAACCAAAGGUUUCCCUGGACUUCCUGGUUUACAUGGACUGAAUGGGCUUCCAGGAACCAAGGGAACCCAUGGAACUCCAGGACCUAGUAUAACCGGUGUGCCUGGGCCAGCUGGCCUGCCUGGUCCCAAAGGGGAAAAAGGUUCUCCAGGAAUUGGCAUCGGAGCCCCAGGGAAGCCAGGAGUGAAAGGAGAGAGAGGUGGUCAAGGUUUCCCAGGCUUCCAGGGACCUUCUGGUCUGCCCGGUGCCCCAGGCCUCUCCUUGCCUUCAGUCAUAGGAGGACAGCCUGGCGAACCCGGGCGACAAGGCCUAGAUGGAGAGCGAGGCCGCCCAGGCCCUCCAGGGCCCCCAGGGCCCCCUGGGCUAUCCUCUGAUCAAGGUGACCCUGGAGACCCUGGCUUCCCUGGAAUUCCUGGUCGUCAAGGGCCCAAGGGAGACCAAGGAAUUCCAGGUUUCUCUGGCCUUCCUGGAGAGCUAGGACUGAAAGGCAUGAGAGGUGAGCCUGGCUUCAUGGGGAUUCCAGGCAAGGUUGGGCCACCUGGAGACCCAGGACUUCCCGGGAUGAAGGGGAAGGCAGGGCCAAGAGGCUUUUCCGGACCCCGGGGUGCUCCUGGACAAACACCAAUUGCAGAAGCUGUCCAGGUUCCUCCUGGACCCAUGGGUCAACCGGGCAUGGAUGGCAUCCCUGGCCUCACGGGAGACCCUGGGGUUCAAGGCCCUGUAGGCCUACAAGGCUCCAAAGGAUUACCUGGCAUCCCUGGAAAAGAUGGUCUCAACGGACUCAUUGGCCCACCUGGGCCUCUUGGUGAUCCUGGUCUCCCUGGACUGCAAGGCCCUCCAGGACUCGAAGGAGCUCCAGGGAAGAAGGGUCCCUUCGGGACGGCUGGAAUGCCUGGGCAGAGCGCGAGAGUGGGUUACACGUUGGUGAAGCACAGCCAGUCGGAACAGGUGCCCCUGUGUCCCGUCGGGAUGAGCCAGCUGUGGGUGGGUUACAGCUUGCUGUUCGUGGAGGGGCAGGAGAAAGCCCACAACCAGGACCUGGGAUUUGCUGGCUCCUGCCUGCCCCGCUUCAGUACCAUGCCUUUCAUCUAUUGCAACAUCAACGAAGUGUGCCACUAUGCUGGGCGCAAUGAUAAAUCCUACUGGCUGUCCACCACCGCCCCCAUUCCCAUGAUGCCCGUCGGCCAGACCCAGAUUCCCCAGUACAUCAGCCGCUGUUCUGUGUGUGAGGCACCCUCACAAGCCAUUGCUGUGCACAGCCAGGACAUCACCAUCCCGCAGUGCCCCCUGGGCUGGCGCAGCCUCUGGAUUGGGUACUCCUUCCUCAUGCACACUGCUGCUGGCGCCGAGGGCGGGGGCCAGUCCCUGGUCUCACCCGGCUCCUGCCUGGAGGAUUUUCGUGCCACUCCUUUCAUCGAGUGCAGUGGGGCCCGGGGCACCUGCCACUACUUUGCCAACAAGUACAGUUUCUGGCUGACAACAGUGGAAGAGAGGCAGCAGUUUAGGGAGGAAACUGUAUCUGAAACACUGAAGGCUGGGCAGCUCCAUACCCGGGUCAGCCGCUGCCAGGUGUGUAUGAAAAGCCUGUAGGGGGGGGGCUGCCACCCUGCCACUUGCCCUCCCCUCCCCCACACAACAGUCACCUCACAAACCCCAACAAUCUGAAGAAGGAAGGUCCAAGCCCUAUUGCCCACCUGUACGUCAAGUUGUAUGUUGGAGUCUCAUUUGGGCUGUACUGGACACUGGUCGCCCCAACCCUCAGGCCCAAUGGGUGAGCUCACCCUACUGAGAUCUGCUGUCCCAUUUCAGUCAACCUGGUGCUACCAUUUGAUUCCGAUGUUUGUGUGAUUAUUCAUGGCUACCUCAGAAAGACCCACUGGGCUACUGCUCCUUAGACCACUGGCUUUCCUCACUGCCUUGAUCAGAAAGGUCUUUGUAAUAGCUGGUAAGUCAUUUCUUUAUGUCCAGAGAACACCAUGCAUUAUUUGGCUUAAACCAGAACACAGUGUUUCCACAUUAAAAACAAGAAUCCUCUGGCUGAAUGUUCAUGGAUGGCUCAAGACUGCAUGGGGCAAGCUCUCACUCUUCAAGGACAUGCACUGUGUCUAGGCAGGCAGCAGACCUGGAAUGGGGUGCCAGCCAGUAGCCUGGGGUGAGCUUUGCCUCCUUGGAGGGUGAGCACAACUGGGCCCCAUAAUGCUUAGAAGGGGAGCUCAUUAACUUCAUAGGGUCAUAGACAAAUCACUUCCUCCUUGCUGGCUCCCUCCCCAGCCAGAGACCUAGGACUUGGCCUGGUCCAGAGUAGAGCAGAGGAUGCCCCAAAUGCAUCCAGGCCCACCAAGGGAAAUGAGAACCACAGCCCUUUCUCCCAGGCUGGGGUUAGAGAGGUGGAUGGGUAAGGAGGUGUGAAUUUUGCUUUUGACUCCAGGAACAAAAAGGCAAAGGCAAAUCCCUUGGCCCAAUUUCUCAGAAGUCCCUGUUUAUUUCAAAUGCCAUCCAUAUGUGUGCAAGGUGGCAGAUCGAAGAUCCGGUGUGUUGGGUCCUUUGCGCUUUGAGGCUGUUGUUAGAGACUUUCCAUUAAAAUGUCCAUCCAACCACUCUUUCACAGGUAGCCUGUUAAACAAUUUUAAUACGGUUUUAAACCUCAUAAAAAUCUAGCACACUCCUCUCUUUAGCAGUUGGCAGACCUAAAGAAAACCUGAGUUGACUAUAAAGUAUAUUGUAUUCUAUUCAGGGGAUGUGUUUUCACCAUUUCCUCUAUCACUUUCCCAGAAUACUUAGCUAUGUUGACAUGAGGUGAUUCCUUCCAGCUGAUUCUGUUUCCUUACAUAUUAUGUAAACUGUGCCAACACAGACCAAGCAUAAUCAGUAUAAUCUGUGUUAUUGUUACUUUCACCUCCGAUCUCAGUAAUAAGCAUGGUGCCAGCCUUGUAUAUUGCAAAUAAAAGGAAUUAAAUAUCAA